AACAGUUCAACGCUACUUGGUACAUUUUUUUGUAAAAAUCUGAGUAGUUAUUCUAAAUCAGCAGGUAAUUAUCACUUUAUUAAUCGUACGAUAACCUCAGAGACUAUAUGCAAGACAUCUUGUCAAAAUUUUAGUGCAUUCCAUGCACUUUAUGCUAAACUCGAAUUUAGCUAUUCUAUUCCGGAUAAUUGGCUUUCAUGGUUUGUUGGUUUUUCGGAAGGAGAUGGAGCUAUUCUUAGUUAUAAUGGUCGACCUUUAUUCGUACUAACACAAAAAGAAGAACUUAUUCUUCAGCAUAUUCUUAGUGUUCUAGGAUUUGGUACUAUACGUAAAAUAGAUAAAAAAGGUACUAUUUUCUAUCGAUAUAUAGUAGAAGACUUUACAGGAGUACUACUUCUAGCUCUGAUCUUCAAUGGAAAUUUAGCUAUUCCUAAUCGAGUAAAACAACUUGAUAAAUGGCUAUCUGAAAUUAAUCUUAAACUAAGUACAAAAGGAUCACGUAUUUAUGGACUAUGUUCUACUAUUGUUCCUAGUACUUGUUUAUUUAAACCUAGUCUUAAUAAUGCUUGGUUAUCUGGAUUUACAGAUGCUGAAGGAUGUUUUAAUGUUAACAUUACUAAACGUGAAAACACACUUACAGGAUAUCGAGUUAUACUACGUUAUGUGCUAGAUCAAAAAUAUGCUCUUGAUGAGCUAACUUAUAUUUCUAGUUUAUUCGGGUACGGUAAAGUCAUUAUACGAAGUACUGAUAUGUAUCGAUACUAUUGUAAUUCAAUUAUAGGACUAGUAAACGUUUGCAAUUACUUUAAAUCAUUUCCAUUAAAAACUAAAAAGUCUAAUUCAUUAGCUAAUUGGCUUAAAGUGUAUAAAAUGGUUCUUAAUAAAGAACAUCUAACAACAGAAGGUUUAGAAAUGAUACGAGUAAUUAAGAAAACCAUAAACCCUAAAAACUAA